UGAAUUUAAAAACGAUUCGUCUAAGAAAAAUUGUAAAAGGAAAAAAAUAAUUUAAAGACAACUUUGCUCAAAUUCCUAUCACAAAAAUGGUAAAUGAACUGAAUAAGCCACCAAACGGCGAAAAUGCAGCUCUUAGUGAGCGUCUCGCUGACUCCAAUCGUCAGUUGCAGGAGAUGCAGGAAGAGCAUCGUCAACUGUUAGCCGAAAUGGAAACUCUGAGAGCCCGGGCCGCCGAAUUGACAAUUCUGAAUGCCCAGAGACAGCAGUUUAGACAAGUGACCAGGCGAGAGGAGGAGACGCAGUCGGUUACCAGACAUCAGAGCCAGACAGUAAGUCAUUCGGGUGCGGAACUAAAUACUGAAGUCCAGUCCACUGCAGCAGAAAUUGUCACAGAACCAGUGUCAGAGCCCCAAACUCCCCAACAGGAGGAGGUUGAAGAUGAAGACAAAGAGGAAACUGCUAGUUAUUUGCAAGAGAAACUCAAUGAGAUUGCCAAUCUAAAAGCUCAAUUUAAACGUGUCCAACAUAUGGUGGAUACCACAAAAUUAAUUGAGCAACAUAUAAGCUCAAAGGAGUCGCAGUCGACCAGUGUCCAGCAGCAGCUGCAGCAGAGAAUUCAACAAUCAAGCUCCUCCACCAGCUCGAGCAGCACACAAAUUCAGUCCAGCAGCAGCAGCAGCAAUACAGAAGCCUCAUCAUCAGCAACAGAAGAUCCCCAAUCUCCAGCAGAUAAUGCUGAAUUAUUAAAUACCAUGUUGAGUAUGUUUACGGACUUUACGAGCGAUUUGCGUGGACAGGCCGAGAGUUUGCGAGAGGAGAGAGAACGCAUAAAAUCACUUAAGGAGAAGAUAAUCCAGAGUAAACAAGGCAAAUAGGUGAAUGGCUUUGUUUUAAAAACAAAAAAAAAAAAACAAUUGUUUGCUGAUUAAGAAUAUAUUUUCAUAUGUUCUAUAAAUGCUGAUUUUGCCUUAAACUAUUUGGGGGAAAUCUAAAGAGAGAUAGAAUAAACGUGGGAAAAAAACUUA